AGGACACGAAAAUGUAUUUGUAACAAUAACUGUGUUUUCUGUCAGGAAAUACGAGGCAAGACGGAGCCGAAGGAGGAGGGAGGGGAAGCCGAAGCUGUAGAGGCGCUGCCUGAAGGUUUAAAGGAGGACGUUGGGCUCUUUUUGUCGGUUUAACCUGCCCAGCUUUCCGUCUUAUUCCGUUUAAAUGGCUCCGCUCGACCUCCGAGGCGCCGUUGGAGCUGCGCAGACAGGCGUGUAGCGCUAACGAUACCGGGGAGGCAGCUUGCAGCGUUACCGCCCCGUUUUUUCCCCCCCGUCUUCAACCGACGUCGUGUCGGGAAAUAAAGCAGUGGGUGCGAAGACUAUCGCCGGGGACUGCGUUUAAAAUAAAAAUAAAAAUGGGGAAUACAACCUCUUGCUGCGUGUCGUCGAGCCCCAAACACCGGAGGAGCAACCACUCCAGGCUGGAGCCCUACCGACCGGAGCCGGAGUUGAGUCGUGAGGACACGGGAUGUAAUCUGCAGCACAUCAGCGACAGAGAAAACCUAGACGAUCUUCCCAUGGAUAAUAACCCUUCGGAUCAUCCCCGGGCCAGCACCAUCUUUCUAAGCAAGUCACAGACAGAUGUUUUGAUGCCCAACAAGAGAGUUCGAGAAAAGCGAAAAAGCCUUUACAUCAACCAUUUUACACACAUUUCGGAAAGCAAGCAUCAUUCAGGCCCACUGAGACGAAAAUACAGCUCCUGUUCCACCAUAUUUCUGGAUGACAGCACAGUCAGCCAGCCCAACCUCAAAUACACCAUCAAAUGUGUAGCUCUGGCAAUCUACUACCACAUAAAAAACAGGGAUGUCGACGGACGAAUGUUGUUAGACAUUUUUGAUGAGAAGCUGCAUCCUCUCACGAAGUCUGAGGUUCCUGCUGAUUAUGACAAAUACGACCCUGAGCAGAAGCAGAUCUACCGCUUCGUCAGGACGCUUUUCAGCGCUGCACAGCUCACCGCUGAGUGUGCUAUUGUCACUCUGGUUUAUCUGGAGAGGCUUCUCACCUAUGCUGAGAUUGACAUCUGCCCUGCCAAUUGGAAGCGUAUCGUGUUGGGAGCCAUCCUCCUAGCUUCUAAGGUCUGGGACGACCAGGCGGUCUGGAAUGUUGACUACUGCCAAAUCCUCAAGGAUAUCACAGUAGAGGACAUGAAUGAGCUGGAGCGACAGUUUCUGGAGCUGCUGCAGUUUAACAUCAACGUACCAUCCAGCGUAUAUGCCAAGUAUUACUUCGACCUGCGCUCCUUGGCCGAGGCCAACAACCUCAGCUUCCCUUUGGAACCGCUCAGCAGAGACAAGGCCCUGAAACUAGAGGCCAUCUCACGGUUGUGUGAUGAUCAGUACAAGGACUUGAGGAAACUAGCCAAGAAGCGAUCGGUGAGCGCGGACAACCUGAUGGUGGUGCGGUGGUGUCCAGCCAUCAUUUCCUAACACUGGUCAUUCUCAGAGGAAUAAAUAGACAUUUGCCAUAUUGUUGCCUGAAAAGCAGGGAGGCAAGCUGGGCCGCUGACUGUGGACCAGUGGGGCAGUCUGGAAUACAUACCAACACAAACCUCCACUCAGACUGGAACCUAAACAUAAAGAGUUUGCCCUCUCUCUCUCUCUCUGUCUCUCUCUGGCUGUUGUACAUAAAAGGUCCAACUAGCUGCUGGAAUCAAACCAAACUGAGCUGACAGAUGCUGAAUGCAGAUCUGAGCUGCAGGAGAAAAGCAAGGGAAUGGAAAUAUAUUGAGACUGUGAAGAUGGAAAAAGUCUAAAUUGCAAAACCUACAAGAAACAUUUUUCUUUAACACUCCGCCGGUAUGUACAUCCGAUUAAUGGAUGUUGGUCACAUUCCUUCAGUUUAAAUCCUCUGGUUUAGGCGUUUCCUUCAUUGGAUGAUGACAUCACCGUCUUACAUCCCAUACUCACAUCGCAGUUUAUUUUUACAAUAUCCGCUUAUAUUUUUACAUAUGUUUGUACAUUCCAUUCUUUAGGUGAAAACAGAUGCUAUUCCUGUUACUAGACCACAUAUCAUCAAAACAAAUCUAACUACAUAAAUCUAUCAAUAUAUCAUCAAAUCUGAAUUCAGAGAGGUUAAACCCACUGAGUAUAAAUAAAUCUGCGGCUAUUUAGCUGCAGAUUUCAUCUAAGUACUAAUUAGAUUUAACUUUACCUCAAGAAUCCCGACAGGAAACUGCUAAUCCAACCUUGAGGUGCAGAAAACAACAAGCUCUAUUAAAUAAAGCAAUAUCCAUUUCAUCUGUGCCGUUAGCAUGAAAUAUGCUGAGGCAUACAUGUUUGGGAGAAGACUGCCUUUAAGGCAAAUGGGAGACAUACUGUAGAUGUGAUGUGUCCACUGCCAUUGUCCUGACCGGCGGUAUGUGUAAUUAAUGCUAUUUAAACGCCUUUACCUUCUCUUUUUCAGUAGGAGGAAGAAAAACAUAACAUUUUUCUGAUUCAAUAUAUUUUUAUGGCUCUUCCAUCUUCAAAAGAAAUUGCACAAUAUAGAAUAUCAGUCUAAAAUAUGAUUUCUUUUUUGGUCUUAAGACCAAAAUGAAAAAAAUAAAUAAAUAAAACAUUGUUUUCCAAAUAAAAACUGUUCAGAAAAUGAGACUGUAAUCAUUUUCAGAAUUUUCUUUGUACAGUGUAAACUGAUCGCCAGUGACCUUUAGACAAAUGGUAUAUUGUAAAAAAGAGGAUGCAGAAUGAUGUUAGAAAUAUUUAUAAUAUCAGUUUUUAUGGAGGGGAUUAUAUGUAUGGUUUUGUGCUCCUGUGACAAAUCAAGCUGAAAUAAGUGAAGUAUUGAAAAUUAAAAUGGGAGACACCACUAAAGGUUUUACUUCUCUGCUAUGUUAACAUUUCAAAGAAAUCAGUCACUAUUUAAUGUUUUAUUCUUUAAACGGUGUUUUGAUUUCAUGAAACACAGUAAAGGUAAUUUAAUACUUCUUUUCAAAUAACUGAAUUACACCAUGUUUUCAAAAUUUAAAUAUCAUUUUUUUAUUUUCUGAGCCCCAAAACUGGCAAAAACAGCCAUAAAGGUCAACAUGUUUCUAAAAGUUUAACUAAUAAAAAAAAAAAAGAAUGGAUUAAUGUCCGUUUUUGUUUUGCCUUCACUCUGUAAUUUUUUUUCUUUUUUUCUCUCCUUCCUCCUAAACAUUUAUUUAUUUUCUCUAUAAUCCUUUUUAAAUUUCGCCCAUGGCUUGCUAACGUAUUUCUAAUAUCCUAUAUUAAUAGUUAAUAGCUCAUCUUUUUGUUUAUGACAUUCAAAAUCAUAGUUCUGUGGAUUCAAACACCAAUUUGUUUUAGUGCAAAUAUUCUCUAAACACAGCAAAGUUAGCUGCAAAGUUAGCAUUCGUUUUCCGACACUUUCUUGUCUCAGGGUAAUAUUAGCUGACCUAAUUAGUGUGAUUUAUUUACAAUAAUGUCACAGUUUGCUGCUUAAAAUGCCAGAGAUUUUGUUUUUAUGUCAUCAUAUAAAGUCAUUUACAUCCAUUUAUUUCUAGUCAGAUUUCUAAAGCUAGUUGCUGUUAGCUACGUCGCUUUCACAUUUUCGCUAGCUAAAAUGCUGGUUUUGCUUCACUCUAUAGCAUUGUUACCAAAUUAAUCGUUUUUUUUUCUUCUCAACCUAACUAACAAAAGUUGGACUGAUGAAAACAGUUUUGUUUUAUUCUAUUUUGGUUUAUUUAUACAUAUUUUUUUUUAUUUAGUCAUGUUCAGGAUUCCUGGGAAUUCUAAUUUGUUAUAUUUAAACAGUAUUUCCCAAAACACCUUACUUCCUCUAACAAAGAAAACAGAGAAUAGGAUUUAAAAAAAAAUCAAACUAACUAUAAAUAAUGUUGAUUAUUAGGGAAAACAUGUUAGAGAAACAUUUUCUUUUCUCAUUUUCUUUAUACCAGUGGUUGUUUGCCUUAUGAUCAACUAGACUAAUUUCUCCAAGACAUCGCUGCAGGCGGACAUUUUUAUAAAAUAAUGUGGGAAUGCCUUGCAAACUAUUUCUGUUGCCUUUUUCUAGUAAAAAAACUUGCAUAUCAUUCAAAUUCCCAUGUUUUGUGCAUUUCAUCGGCAUCCUUCAGGGCUGUAUUUUUCAUUGCACUGUUUUAUCAAACUGCUAAUGAACCAGUCAGUCAUUUAGGGCCAUCAAGCUGUCCUCCAUCAGUGAGAAGGGAAAGAGCUCAACCAAAGUCAAGAAGAAGAAAUAAAGCAUGAUGGUUUCCAGUGUGUUGCUCUGACUCAGUCCACUUGCACAUUAGUUAAAUAAUAAGUCUAACUCUUAAAAAAAGAGUCUAUGGGGCUUUGAAUGAGUUCAAAAUAAAAGUGUGUGUAGGAAAGUGAUGUAACUAGAGUUGCUCAAACUGUUUUCAAAGAUUGUAUCUUGUAUUUAUUGUAUGCGUGUGAACAUACCUGAUGUUUUCAGCACAGAAAAACUGAGCAUCAAUGCCAUUUGGUCAACUUUGAUGAGUUCUAAGGUGGGAAAUGUACUAUUCUGACAGCGAACCAGCAGCUCGUAGCGCUUCGUUGGUCACUAGAUGAGCGUAGCAGCACUGAACUCUACCUCUGCAUAGAGUUACUUUUUUUUCUAUACUUUCAUUCCUCUCUACUACCAAUGAUUUUUGCAUUUGAGCUUCAUGCUAACGGUUCACUACUGUAUUUGAACUUUUUAAGUUUUUUUGUCUUUUUUUCCCCAUUGAUGGAUUUUUUCUGAGUUGUAUUCUGUACUUAUGUUUUGUGUAUCCCAGUGAGUCUAAUUUGUGUUUAUUCUUGUUCUCGGUUUGCCAAAUAAGUUUUUUUUUUUUUUUUUUUUGGUGUGUGUUCUCAGCUGUGAUUUGUGUCUCCAUUUUUCUCUGAAGCAAUGUUUAGGAAGAAAAUGUGGCAAGAAUUAAAGUAAACUCUUGCAAUA